AAGCAGCUCCAGGCCCAGCCCGCUCAGAGGACUCUCCCACGGUGUCAAUAAGGGCGCUGUUGGCCUAGGUGGGGAAGGGACAUGUAGAGAGCAGCGUCAGGGGCACUCGUCUCUUCUAGUACUAUGGAUGAUGCUGCUGUCCUUAAGAGAAGAGGCUACAUCAUGGGAAUAAAUUUGGGAGAGGGCUCGUAUGCAAAAGUGAAAUCUGCUUACUCUGAGCGCCUGAAGUUCAAUGUGGCGGUCAAGAUCAUAGACCGCAGGAAAGCCCCCACGGACUUCCUCGAGAAAUUCCUGCCCCGGGAGAUCGAGAUCCUGGCGAUGCUGAACCACCGCUCCAUCGUCAAGACCUACGAGAUCUUCGAGACGUCGGACGGCAAGGUCUACAUCAUCAUGGAGCUGGGGGUCCAGGGGGACCUCCUGGAGUUCAUCAAGACCCGGGGCGCCCUGCACGAGGACGACGCUCGGAAGAAGUUCCACCAGCUCUCCUCGGCCGUCAAGUACUGCCACGACCUGGACGUCGUCCACCGCGACCUCAAGUGCGAGAACCUCCUGCUCGACAAAGACUUCAACAUCAAGCUGUCGGACUUCGGGUUCUCCAAGCGCUGCCUCCGCGACGACGGCGGGCGCAUCUUGCUCAGCAAGACCUUCUGCGGGUCGGCGGCCUACGCGGCCCCCGAGGUGCUCCAGGGCAUCCCCUACCAGCCCAAGGUGUACGACAUCUGGAGCCUGGGCGUGAUUCUCUACAUCAUGGUCUGCGGCUCCAUGCCGUACGACGACUCCAACAUCAAGAAGAUGCUGCGCAUCCAGAAGGAGCACCGUGUCAACUUCCCCCGCUCCAAGCACCUGACGGGCGAGUGCAAGGACCUCAUCUACCGCAUGCUGCAGCCCGACGUCAGUCGGCGGCUGCACAUCGACGAGAUCCUCAGCCACUGCUGGGUGCAGCAGGUCAAGCCCAAGACUCAGCCCUCGAUCUCCACUACCAAGGAUGGGGAGAGCUCGCGGGGAACGCAGGACACGCUCAAGGUCCCGGAGGCGAACGUGGAGAAGAAGUCCGCCACCAAGGUGGAGGAGAAGGAGGAGUCCAAGCAGGACGCGAACGCCGAGAAGGAAGAGUCGGUGCAGGUGACGCGGCAGUCAGAGAUCCUGGGCUUCAACGCGGACCAGCCGGCCACGGAACCCGAGCAAGGGAAGCUCUCACCGCCUACAGAGACUGUGCACACCUAAGGAGACUGACAGGGCCCCAGGGGGCUGCAGAAGGAGAGAAAUGGAGCCUGAGGUUCGGUUCGGAGCUUGGAUGGGAGAGGUCAGGAGCGUGCAGGAGAAAGUAAACACGGUCCAUUAUAAGCUGCUAUUUUCAUUAAUUCCUCCUCCCUUCCUUCGAACAUAGUAACCACAUGGCUAAAGAAUAAACCAAUAAAUCAUGGACUAUAUUA